AUCGACAUGCUUGCUUUCAGUCCCUGCCCUAUCAACAUGGCGACUACACAAGAAGAGGAAUAUCCUCUGUACGCAUUCUCUGGGAUCCCAACACACACACCAACUUACCAAUCCGGCCACUUUCCGAUGCCCCAGGUUGACAGCAGCUUCAACUCAUACAACAUUGAGCAGAACAGCGUUUCUGAAGCACCCUCCAACUACAUCCUAGAAUCACACAGCUCGUCAAAGUACACAAAACACAGUGUGCAGCUUUCGACACCUCUUUAUUCGCCCACCAACACCUCUGCUAACUAUUUCGAUCUCCGACCGAACCGCUCGGUCAAGUCCGAGUCGGCUGCUUCAAUGCUUUCCUCGUCCAGGGGAUCUCCCCUAAUGGGUUUCGAGUCAUCCUCGAACUGGACUCCGGUGCACGGAGUUGGAUCCAACAUCCUCCAUCAAGGUCAUCUCAAUCACCAAAUGCUUGUCAAUGAUACCUUCAACUAUGCUGCCCUCUCACUGCCCGAGAAGCCGGGAUGUNACCCUACCCUCAUCCAACCCCUCUCGCCCACCCCACCAACAACGCAGAUGCAGUCUGACUCCAAGCGUCUGUUCCCCCACCCUCCAUCUCCGACACCAUCAUCAGUACACUCAAACAGAAGUUCGGGUGUUCUCAGAACCAGCUCAAUACGAUCCAACCGACCAACCUCUCCUUACGUCCCAUCACAGUCAUGGAACCCCUAUCCCGUAUCAUCAUCAUCAAGGCGCCAGUCUGUUUCUUCGGCGCACUCGCACAACUCCCGUCACAGCCAGUCAUCGUUGGACUCUGAGGAGAACAAGGGUAUCUGUCCUAUUGCAUCAUGUGGUAGACACAUCAAGGAUCUGAAAGCACAUCUGCUCACCCACAAGAAUGAGCGACCCGAGAAGUGCCCUAUCACCUCGUGCGAGUACCAUGUCAAGGGCUUUGCUCGAAAGUACGACAAGAAUAGGCACACUCUGACCCACUACAAGGGCACGAUGGUCUGCGGCUUCUGUCCAGGAAGCGGCAGUUCCUCAGAGAAGAGUUUCAAUCGUGCCGACGUCUUCAAGAGGCAUCUUACCUCGGUACAUGGCGUUGAACAGACCGCACCUAAUGCUCGUAGGAGAAGUGGUGGAAGCUCAGGCUCCAAGACUGCUCACAACAAGAUUGGCAUCACCGGCAUGUGCUCGACUUGUGGCGUCGCGUUUGCCAACGUUCAAGACUUCUAUGAGCAUCUCGACGACUGCGUCCUUCGAGUCAUCCAACAAGGUGACCCUUGUGAAGCCAUCAACGAGCGAAUUCUGAGCUCGAUGGUCGAUGAUCAACAAGUCAGAGACACCCUAGGUAGACACUCUUUGAGUAGCGCUUCAAGCCUUACAGGCCCCCCCGCCUUCACCGAUGACGACGAAGAUGACGAGGACGAGGAGCGACACAUCAAGAACGAGAUGGUGUCUCCUGUCCUAUCCAACAGGAACGUCAACGAUGCAACUCGCCAGGGAAUGACCCACUCCAAAGGGGGCGUUUCUUUUCACUCUGUUACAAAGAAUAACAAACGCCGCAAGGACUACCCUCCCUCUUGGAACGCACCCCCAGAGAAGAUGAAGAUGAAGAAGAGAGUCUUGUGUGUGUUUGAUGGGCCGCGAAGACUUUGGAAGGAUGACUUGAUGCUCGGCCUCGACAACCAAGUGCGAGAGCCUCUCUCUGGUAGGAACUGGGUCACCAGCCUGGACGUCCAGACUCUUCGAAGGGCUGAGGGCAUCCUCGAAGCGACAGACGAAGAGAAGGGCUCAUGGUUGGACGAGCAAGGGAAUCCCUUCCUUUUCGCAACAGCCUUUUGA